AUGGUUGACGGGGCGAGUGCGACGCACCACGAGAGCCCUGCUGAUACGUGUCUGGGUCGGUGGAUGCGGUCUGCGGUGGGUGCGUGUCCGCGCAGCCGGCACCGUGUGCGGAGCAGGGCCAUUUCAGCUGUGCGUGUGGCGCUUCUUUUGGUGUUGGCGCUGGUUGCUGCUGCGGCGUGGAUGCCCGCGGUGCAUGCGGUGGUGUUGCGACUGCGGGGCGGCACGGUGGACAGAGCCAUCACGGUUGGCCGCGCCGUGGACACGGCGCUGAUGGACGGCGUGUCCAUCACGAACGGCGUGGCUGUGGUGUUCGACGUGGCGGCGAUGCUCCCCGGUGCGCUGCGCAUCGAAUUGAGGAACUGCGUGUGCGACGGCGGUGCGCAGCUCUACGUGCGGGGCUACAGCGGUGAGCCGGCGAGUGACCGGAGCCUGGAGGUGAGCGUGAGCGGGCUGUCCGGCGGCUACUGCUCGCUCGUGUUUGUGCACAACCUGCCGGCACACACGAACGUGACGGUCCGCGACUCGACGAUUGUGACGCCGGGGCCGAUGCACUACUCGCAGCUGAGUGGGCUGACGGACGCGGUGGCUUCGCCGCUUCUGCUGUACGCGACGUCGCUGUUGCAGACGCAGCUGCGUGUGAGCAACACUGUGCUGAGGUCGUUGCACGUGGGCGGGUCGGCGGUGUACGUUGGCGGCGGUGUGGAACUGCUGUCGAGCGCGGUGGUGCUUGACGGCGUGUCGCUGGUGACGUCGGGCGGUCCGACCGCGUCCGCGAUGCAUGUGGCGUCCUCGUCGCGUCUCAGUUUGCGGAGCCACUCGGUUUUCUCCGUGACGAACGUGUCGGUUGUGAGCAGCGGCGGUGGCAUUGUGCUCGGCGAGCGCCUCGCGGUGCUUGAUUCGGUGCUGCGCUUCGUUGGCGUCGAGGGGUCUGUUGCGUCGUCGCUGGUGCGCUGCGACGGUGGGACGAUCGGUGGCGGCGGGUGGCUGGACAUGCACGACGUGUGGGCGGUGGGCGAGGCGUCGUCGGUGGCGUCGCUGUCGGGGGUGACGCUGAGCGGCGGCGCCGUGUCGAUUGCGCGCUGCGCUGCCGCUGGCGCGACGCUUGUCUCCGGGCUGACGAUCACGAGCGGCGUCGUGUCGGUGCAGUGCAACCGUGCCGGCGGCCGUGUGCUGCAGAGCAGCGGCGACUACCGCAUGGCCGGCCUGCCCUCCGUGAGCGUGGUGCCGUGCGACGGCUGUGCGGCAGCGCUGGCGUGUUUUGAUGCACUGACUGCGUCGUUCUCCGACUGCGUGUGCGGCUGCCGUGCCGGCGGUGUGGGCGAGGCGUGCCUGCCGUUCGACGUGCCGCCUGCGAGGUCCGGUGGUGGCGGUGCGCAGGGCUGCGUGAGUGGCGUGACGCUGACGGAGUCCGUGACGGUUGGCGGUGGGUGUGCGACGACGUGCUUCGACUCGGUGGUGUUCAGCGGGCCGAUCACUGUGGCGGUGGACCUGCGUUUGAUGGAUGCGUUCGCUGACGCGCUGAACGUGACGCUGCGCCACUGCGUGCUUGCGGGCGGGUCGCAGCUGCGGAUUGGCGGCCUCAGCGAGAUCACGGCGCGCCUGAUGCCCCACGCUUUCGUCAACAUGACGAACGUGACGUCGCUGGAGGGCACGAUCGUGCUGCAUGGCGCGAUGCCGCUGCACUCGAGAGUGCUGGUGGCGAACUCAACGCUGCGCGCGACGGUUGGCGGGUCGCAGUACGUGCCGACGACCCCUGGCCACGCGGGAUCCCGGCACGGCCCCGCGCUAGUCCUGGACGGCGUCCGGCUUCUGUCGACGCGGUUUGUCAUGACGCGGUCGACGCUGGUGUGUGGCGGGGAAUUGUGCGCUGCGAUCCUCGUGGAGCGCGGCCUUGGCGUGAACCUGUCCAGCGUCUUCUACCUGGACAACUGCGCUGUCAGGUCGCAGAUGCACGUGAUUUACGCUCUUGCGUCGGAUUUGCGUGUGAGCGGCGGCUCUGUGUUCUCCAUACAGAACAGCUUGUGGAGUGCGCCGAGCAUUAACAUGUACGAAGCUGCUUGUGUGUUUGGGGACGUUGUUGUGGCUGGCGGCAGCGUGCUGCAGAUUGUGUCCAGCACUUUCCGUCUUGGCUUUGCCAUGCUCAUGGCAACCACGCUGACCGUGGCUGGCGGCAGCUGGCUGCUGCACCGCGACAACGAGUUCCGCACCGCCUACGUCGUGUACGUGACCAACUACUACGGCGUUGCGUUUUGUGAUCAGAGUGUGUGGUCGAUACUUGACAACAAGUUCACGUACGGCUUGUACUCGUCUACCAUUGCAUAUAUGACAAGCAACUGGCCACCACCAUCCGACACGCGCCCGACCAUCUACGGCGUGUGCAACGAGGCAAUAGGCUCACCUGUGACGGAUUACCAAGAAGAGCUUAAUAUUGGGACGCCCGUGACGGUGUUGGACUGUGGUGCGUGCACGGUGGACGCCGUGUGCUUUGCAGCGAGGACGAGGAGCAUCAGCGGCUGUGAGUGCGUGUGCGCUGCUGGCGGCUACGGUGAAACGUGUCUGCCAGCUGCGGUUCCGGACGGUCUUGGGCCGCUCCCGCUCCCCGAUGCGAAGGACACGGAGGUCCGCUGCGUGCACGGUGGCAGCAUCGACUCUUUGGACUAUCCUGAUCCCGGUGUGCGUGGUCUGUGCCUUGUCAACGUGACCUUCACCGCCCCGAUGUUGCUGGACCUGUCGUAUUUUGACGCACCACAACAGACACUCAACAUCACGAUGCUGCAGUGCGUCCUCAUGGGCCUGUUGAUCAGGGGGACUGGUGCGCGCGUGCACGUGAGCGUGACAUCCUCGAUGCUGGAUUCUGGUGAGUUGGUGUUUGAGGGCGAUUUUGGCGUGAGCUCCCAGAUACUGGUGGUGGGCAGUGUGCUUGUGACGAUGUCGUCUUACGCCAUUUUAUUUGUGAGGUUUUUUCUUGGUGUGAACUCGACGUUGCUGCUGCUUGACAACAACUUGGAGGGGAGUAAUUGCGCGUUGUAUAUUUCCAAUGCUGCUGUUGAUGGUGGCGGGGUCAUUGUGAAGGGAAAUACGCUGAUCACAACGGAGGAGGAUCAGGGUGUGGAAUCAUCUGUUUGCGUUAAUGCUAUUGAUGUGAGGAACGGCGGCUACUUUGACGUUGAGGAAAACACGAUGAGUGCUGCUAAUGGUGUUUACAUUUUUGGGGAUACUUCCGUGGGCACCGCGGGGCUGCUGCGAGUGGCGGACUGCACCUUUAUUGGCAGCACGAAGGUUUCGACUUCUGCGCUGUCGUAUUUGUAUGGCUCGGUGACACUCGAGGGAGGUGCGCAGUGGCGUGUGGAGGGCAACAACGUGAGUGCAGCCUCGGUAUUAAAUAUUCCUCAUUUCCAGCACAAAAUUCAGCUGUCGGGCAGCGGCACUACUGUGGCGCUUGCACACAACCGUCAGGUGGACUCGAGUGUUUCCUUCGCCAAAUUUCUCCCAUCGAGCAUUGUCGUGACGUUACCCGCGCGGUUUGUGGUCGGGUGCAACCUGCAGGGCGGUGAGGAGGUGUCGUACGACGGUGUGUUUCCGGAGGAAUUGGAGGUUUUCAGGUGUGGCACAUGCAACGACGACGCGGCGUGCUACAUGCCCGGGACGGAGUCGGUGGACCGCAGCUCGUGCUCGUGCAGCUGCAAGGACGGAUGGCAUGGCGCGUCGUGUCUUCCCUUCGAGGUGCUCGACACGGUUGUGCCGCCCGUGGCGGAGAGAGCCGUCGACGGCGACACGAGCUGCGUGGUGGAACAGACGCUGACGAACGUUACGCUGAACAUGUGGAAGACGCACCACUGCUACGUGGGUGUGACAUUCAGCGGCGUGGGUGCCACGCUGACGUUUUCCUUCGACAGUAUGCCGCUGCAUCUCCCCAUCAACAUCACGCUCACUGGGUGCACAUUCCGUGGGGGUGCCGCGCUGCAGUUUGUUGGUGGUGCUGAGGCGGCCGAGUCAGCCGGCGUCCUGAUCCGCGUGAGCCAGACUGUAAUGCGGUCUUCCGUUGUUUUGUUUGCAGCUGCCCUUCCGCAGCACUGCGACAUUGCCGUCACGGAGGUUGACGCGGUGCAGUCCUCCGAGGUUCAGCUGCUUGACACUAGGAGGAACAAGUUCGGCGUAUUUUUGCUGAUGAACGUCGUGUUGAGUGCUUCCUCUUUGUUGGUCAGCAACGUCAAGGCGCGUGCAACGAUGUACGGUGGGUAUGGUUUGUACUCGACAGGGACGCUGAUGCUGUUGGAUGGCAGCUCGCUGUACACGCAGUACUGCAGCUUCGCUGGGUACAUGCAUAUGUUUUACGUGUGCAGGCCGAGUGUGAGUGACCACUCCGUUUUUGCUUUGCUCAACAAUACAAUGUCCUCCGGGACAAGCCUUCUUUAUCUGCGCCACGGAUUCAGCGUGUCGGAUCACAGCGUGUUGCGCGUGGUGGGGAACAGCGGCUCCGUGUCCAACGCCAUAUAUUCACUAGGCUUUUUUACCGUUCGCCAUUCAAGCUGGCUGGAUUGGCGUGACAACGACGUGGGUGUGGGUGCGAUGUUUCAUUACUCCCUAAUAACUACUGUGAACAUCGACGGCAGCAGUGUGGUGACGCUGACGGGCUGCACGAUGGGCUCGACGGGGUUGUCGGUGCCUCUGCUAUCGCAGGCUGACGCCGGCUACCGGUUCGUUGCUGGGUGCCUGACGGUCGCGGGACGAUUGGUGACGACGGCGGUAGAACUGGAGCUGAACGGCAUCACCAACGUGACGACGGUUGCGGUGUGCGGGGAGUGCACGAAGGAGGGCGACUGCUUUGCUCCGCUGACGGCGGCGGUCAGCGACUGCAAUUGCCAGUGCGCUGCUGGAGGGCACGGCGAUGUGUGCGUCCCGGCGCCUGUGCCUGCUGGCCCGCCACCGCCCACGCCGCCAGUGCCGCCACCACCGCCGCCGUCACCGCCGUCGGUUGGUGAGUGCAUCAGCGAGAUGGUGUACCCCGAGGUUGCGCAGGCAGUGGGCGACGGGCUGUCGUGGCUGUGUUACCGCAAUGUGACGUUCAGCGGGGGCGGCAUGAGCCUGACGGUGCUGAUAGGGGCGAUGACGGGCGACGUGGUGAAUGUCACGUUCGAUGGAUGCACGUGGAGGGACGGCGCUGUGCUGUUGCUGUUGGGCAACGUGCACGCCGCUGUGGGGUCGCUGAACAUCGUCGUCACCGGCAACACAUUUGGUGAUGCGCUGCUCAGUCCGGAGGGUGUGUUUCCACCGCACACGAACAUCACGAUCAGCGGGAACCACUUUGCGGUCACGAGGCUGAUCCCUCGGCAGGGUUUGGACAUUAUGAGGCUGUCGUGUGUUGCGAUGAAUGAGCUGGUGAUCAGCAACGACUCCGCGGUGGUGCUGAGUGGCAAUGUGUUUCAGACCGUGGCGGGAUCGUCAAGCGCCAUUCACAUCGUUGUGUCUGCGCUGAGCGUGUGUUGGCACUCCGUGUUUGCGGUGGUGGGCAACACGUUUCAAAUGGCUGGCGGUGACGGUACGCUGAUAUAUCUUAAAGGGUCUAGAUACUCCUCAUCGCUGAAGGUGCUGAACAACUCUGCCGUGGUGAUCCGAGGCAACGCUGUGACGAGGCCGGUGAAGUGCUUCGUGUUACUUAUUCGGACCUUAGACGUGGAGUCUCUGUCAGCGGUUGUGUUUCAGGGCAACGAGAUGCAGCGAAGCUCGGUUGUGUUUUAUUCAAGCGACUCCUCCAACAUCUACUACAACUCCUGGCUGCAGUUGAGCGGCAACCUCUGCCGUGAAUCCUCAUCGGAUGCGUUUGCUUUUCUUUAUCCCAAAGUGAAUCUCCGCGACUCCACGGUGUCUGUGUCCCGCAACCAAUUCAUGUCCAGCACGGUCUCGCCAACGAUGCUGCUGAUACCUCAAAGUUCCCGCGAUCUCACAAACGGAGCGAUUGUGGCCGCGUGCAACACUGUGAACGGCGAGGAGGAGGCGUACUACAGCAUCCCGUCCGUGUACAAUGCCACCAUCCUGACCUGCAGCGACCCAUGCGCCCUUGCGACAUCGUGCUUCCCUGCGUACACGACGACGGCCUCGAGUGAUGGCUGCGCCUGCACGUGCGCUGAGGGUGGCCACGGCGAUGCGUGCCUGCCCGUCGCUGUCUCCGAGCCACCGAGCACCGACGGCGCCGACUUGUGCGUGCGGGACGUGCGUGUGGAUGUGGAGGUGAGUGCCGGUGUCGGGACGUCGGUGGCGUGCUACGUUGGCGUGACCUUUUCGGCGGACGUCGUGGUGGACGUGGGGUCGAUGUCAGGGAGCGUGCGCAACGUGACGCUGGCGAACUGCCUGUUUGUGCGCGGAGCGAGCCUGUACGUGGUUGGGUGGCGGUCCGACCUGUCUGCUGGCGAGCGCGUCGAUGUGUUGAUCAGCGGGCUUGAGUCGCGCUCCGGCGGCGGCGUGCUGGUGGCGAACCGAUUUCCGCCGGGCUCGCGCGUCACUGUGGUGGACUCGGUGCUGAUUGCAGAGAAGCGUGUUGCGUACCGCGGAGACCACGGCCUUGGCGACGCCUCCGCGUGCCUUGUGGUGCAGAACGUGAAUCUGACUGGGAGCGUGCUGACCAUUGCGCGCACGCAGGUGGCGGCUGUGUUCCGCGACGCUGUUGGCGUGUUGUUUGUUGGCGGCGUGGCGCUGUCGUCGUGCGGUGCGCUGUACGUGGACGGGCUGUCGGUGCAGACGGCGCUGGGGCUGUGCGUGUCGGUGGAGGGCAGUGUUGCUGCCAGCGGCGGCUCCGUGGUGGCGUUUGUUGACAGCGACUUCCUGCUGUGCGAGCACGCGGUGUCUGUGCGUGGGGCUGUGAGCGUGUCGGGCUCCGCUGUGGCGCUUGUGCGGAGCGACUUUUCGUCGACGGAGGACUACGCGGUGGCGUUUUAUUCGACGGUGAGCCUGGCCGGUGGGUCGAUGCUGCUGGCGAAGGGCAACGUGCACGACGGCGUCUCGAGGGAGAUGCUCUACGCCGCUGGCGCUGUGGCCGCUG